AGCAUAGAUACCGGGGACUAUUUUUUACAGGAUAAAAAAAACCGCUUUGACUCCGACGACCAGCCUGAGACGAGUCAGCCAGCAGACGUACAACGGUGGUCCUCAGCGCCAUCAACGAGAGCAACACACGGGAAAGCAGGCCCAUCAAUAGAACGGAACAUCCAAACCCGUUCGUUUUGCGCUGGAUUUGCACCUCUCCCGGCUUCCAGGCUUUCAGGCUGCCGGCACAGGUAACUUACACACUUGCCCGACUGCUCUGAUUGGUGCACCGUCGGGAAGCUCGAGGUGGGUCUCGGUGUGGCUGGCUGCCAGCAGCAACCGCGUUUUUAGACCGGAAACAAUUCUAGCAUCAUCUCACUUUUGGCCAUUGCCUCGAAGGAAAAAAAUCAACGAAUAACCCUCGAGCUCGAUUGUAACAGCUGAACACUUCUGAAGCUUCGAAAACGGGCAAAGAAUUCCCGACAUCAUAAACUCCAGGCCAGACAGGGACGCAAUGCCCAAGGUCAAAAGCUACUCAGCUCCGUGGCUGUCCCAUGGCCCCGGCCGUAGCUUGUUCGCGCCCUCGAACGAUGCUGCCUCCAAAGCGAUGAGCGCACCAUCGCCCUACGCGUCCAAGAAGAAGAAGACACCCGGGCCGAGACGGACCAUUGCGAGACGAGGCACCGAGGUGUUUAUUGCCGUUGGCAAGGAGUUACGAUGGGGCGACUUGGCAUACCUGAAAGAAAAGUGGUCAACGAAGCAUGCGCACCGUCGCAUGGGCAGCCGCGUCAAGCGGGAAGACUCGUCAGAUGGCUUCGACGACGAAAUGAUCCCCUCUACGGAGGAGGCAACUACGGCUCAGGGCUACCGGACAAUCAAAACCCCUGUCGCGGACGACAUUCGCCAGCUCGUCAUCUCCCCAAACUCGGACUACCUUGCGAUUUUGACGACGCAUACCGUCCACAUUUGCGUGGUUCCUGACUCUUCGCAUCUCACGGCCGAGGACACCGGGCCACUGCGACCCAAGAUCUGGACACUGGGACCAACAACCCACGUCACUUCGCGAUCAUCGGUUGCCUCGGCUGUCUGGCAUCCUCUCGGCGUCAAGGGCUCUUGCUUGGUCACCAUCACGACGGAUGCCCUUGUGCGCGUAUGGGAGCUGUCUCUGACGGACCGGUGGUCGUUUGACUCCCCCACGUUGUCAAUCGACCUCAAGAAACUGGUGGAUGGCACAACACUGGACCAAGACUUCACGGCAUCGACAGCUGCCACGAACGCUAGCUUUUCGCAAUAUUCUCUGGAGAUGCAGGUCGCCUCGGCGUGUUUUGCGGGCCGAGGCUCAGGCGGAUGGAGUCCCAUGACUCUCUGGGUCGCCAUGAGAGAAGGCGACGUCUAUGCACUGAGCCCUCUGCUGCCCCAAAAGUGGGCGCCGCCUCCAACCCUGAUUCCGUCCCUGUCUGUUUCCAUCGUCUCCAAGGUGGCUGCCUUGGAAGACGACCCCGCCGUGUCUGAGAAGGAUAAGCUCCUCGCUCAGCAGCAACUCGAGUGGAUGGGCGAUCUCGAUUCCCAAGAGCCUCAGAUACUCGACACAGCGCCGGGCGAGGAGACGGUCGAAGUGUACACACGCCCCCUUCGGCCGGGAGUCGUCCCAAGGCUCCAAGGACCGUUCGAGUUUGACGCCGAUCCCGAAAGCGAGGACGCCGGUGAUGGACUGCUGACGGACAUCAUGAUUGUCGGCAAGAAGGUCGACACGGACGACCUGAUGAUGGGUGAGGACGAAGACCUUGAAUUCGACGACGGUGAUCAUGAGGGCCUUUCGCUAUCCAUCAUCUGCCUGCUGUCCACUACCGGCCAGGUCCGCGUUUACCUGGAUUUGGAGGGUGUCGAAGCACAGUGGCUCCCGCCCCGAAACAAAUCCAAGCUUGGACGUCUCAUGUCGGCCGCCGACCCGCCGUCUUUGUUGACGUUCCAGUGCAUCGACACCAUGUCUGGGCCUGAAAUGAGCAACGACGCAUGGCCGACUUUUUCGUCGGAUGUCAUGUCACGCUACUCACUUUUCGUCACAUCUUACGUUGGCAUCACCUUCCUCUCGCUUUCCCCUUGGGUCUUCCGCCUUGAGGGCGAGCUCUCGGGCGAGUCGGAGGCUGGCUCUGACUUCCGUCUCGGUCUCCUCGCCAAUGGGCAGAACUCUAUCCGCGAAAGACUGUACACACAUUCUUCGGGCGAUGUCAACAUGCCGCUCGCCGCCGCCGCGGCGAUCCGCGACCCGGAUUUGGGAUACUUCCUCCUUUCGGCGACCCCGUACGAACCGAUCGCCUUGACGUUCGACACGCCCGAGGACGACUUCUCGCCCAUCCGACACGAGACGCCCUACGAGGAGAAACCUGCCACCAUGGAGCCCCUGGACUUUUACGAGCCUCGUCCAGCUUUCCAGCCGUCGCACGUUUUUGAGCAGCAGUCAGACCUCCCGGAGCUGAUCAACAGGCUCCGCAGCUCCCGCCAUAAGACCAUUCUGAAUCAGGAAAUUCGGCUGUCACCGGUCACGCUCCAGAUUCUCACAGACGCCCACCGCAUACUGGGAGAGGACACUUACCGCCUUGGUACGGCCGUGGCAGAAAUAUUCCGCCGCUGCGCCACCCUUCAAGAGGAGCUGAGGGAGCAGAUCAAGAAGGCCAACGAAGUCAAGGAGAAGAUCGAUAAGAUCGCGGGCAACGACAAGGACGGUGAGGGGGAAAGCGACGAUGUCCGAUUCGAGAGGCGGAUUUCCGAGGCGCAGGAGCGGCAACGGCGGCUCAACAAGAGGUUGGAAGGCGUGCGCAAGUACGUCGGCAAGGCUGCAACCAGGGAACUCAGCGCCAAGGAAAAGGCUUUCGUCGAGGAGGUCAAGAGCAUGGAGGCCAGCGUGCUAGGAUCGUUGACGGAGGACGGGCCGGGAGCAAGGCAACAGAAGCAGCUAAAGAAACGUUUGGAGGACGUGCAAAGACUACGGGACGAAUUGGUGGGAGAGGUGGAACGGAUACAGAAACAAAGUGAGGGCGGCCAGGACGGCAGGGAUUCGCCGUCGUCGACGGUAUCGGAUCUCAAGAUCCCAACAGAGAUCCGCAAGGCCAAGUUGCAGCAGGUCAUGUCUCUCCUCUCGCGCGAGACGGCCCUGGUCGAGGCUGUAAGCUCGCGACUGGAGCGACUCCAGACGUAGCGCAGCAGCAUGGGUUCUUUUUGUGCGUGGCAGAUUGGUGGGGGUUUGGACGACAGGAUACCAUGUGAUUUGUUGAAUUUAGCCUCAGUCUCACAGUUGGUGCCCAAGAGCGGACGUGACUGGAGUUCGUCACAUCGACAGCCGAGCAAUGGAACGACGACGGAGCAAACGCCUGUCAAGGUUCAGAUGUCCACUCGGCUUGAGAGCAGGCACAGGGAGGGCAGCAACAUGAGAAGAACGGAGAAGCACGCACGAUUGUUUCGGAUACUGAGCGUACGCAACCGUCCCCAUGACUUGGUUUGAUGUUGGAUCGAGGCGACGAGAGCAUCUGGUUCGGGCAACGUACAGCUCGCAACUAUGUUGGUCCUACUCUGCUAGUACUACGGCCCGGGACAGGGUCGACAAACCAACGGUCCACAACAGCCUCGAAGUAUGACGAGGUUGAAGCGUAUUUUUUCUUCUUCCUUCACGAUGUGGAUUAUCCAGAUGGCUACUCAAUGAGGCAGGCCAUAGGAUCGGUGUGAUUGUGUAAGCAGUGUAGCCAAGAUUCAGGCCGGAUCUUCACUACUAGGAGCCAAUCAACCCACCCAUUGACGCCACCAGCCUCACUUCCUCCCUCCUUGCCUACCUAUCAGAUAACAUGGAUUGGCUGCGUCCUCAACGACUGGUGCCAUGUAUCAAUCAUCAAAGCCAUGCCCAAGGAGCCCACGUAUGGCCGGCGUUUUGCUUUAACGAUGAGAGGAGCUGCCGAGUGCCAACUGACUGAGAGAUGCAGGACAAUGGGCGCCUCAUGUCACCGGAAAACAGGUUACGGGGUCCCACGACUACGUCUCGGUGAGCUUCGGGCAUGGUGGUCUCCAGUCGCACCCGACGGUCGAGCCCGUCACGGCCACGGCCGUCUGAUGUGUUCUGCUCUGCUCUGUCCUCGUGGGCGACGCUUGCGUGCGGCAUUGCC